AUGAAAAUCCUCGCAAUCAUUGCUCUUGCGUCCGGAGUGGUCGCUCUUCCCCAAUUCAGAUCUCCGUGGGGCUGCCUAAAUUGCCCAAAUACUACUAUUACUACUUCUACUACUACUACUCGCAUCCCUCUACAUACUCUCUUCCCUGCGACCACCGAUCGGCCUACUAGCACAACAAAACACAUCCCGCUACAUACCCUCAUCCCUGCGACCACCGAUCUGUCUACUAGCACCAGAAUGACAACACAACACAUCCCGCUACAUACCCUCAUCCCUGCGACCACCGAUCGGCCUACUCCAACACCAACUAGAACCCCCCAUUUCCCAGCACCGAAACCCGGUCUGCUAGCUGAAUUCGGCAUACAUUGA